AGUCGAUCCUCCAUUGUCUCUCUUUGUCUUCUCUUGUUUAUUAAAAAAUAGUUACCAUCGAUUCAAUAUUUUUAAAUUUGCAUCAAGCUGUAAUAAAAAUUAUUGUUUGAAUUUGUUUUCAAUGAAGAGAAAACAAAGAAUUUUUUUUAAAUUUAAGAUGUUCUGCGAUAUUUGAAGAACUCUUCUUGCGACCUUGUUUUAUUGUCCAUUAUCAUUAAUUAACGAAAAAUUCAUUUUGAAUGAUGUAAAUAGUAAAAUAACUCAAUAAAGCUUGUGGACAUAAAAUUUACUAUUAAAACAAUUUGUUCUUUAAGAAUAAAAAAUUUUUUCUUCAAACUAUUAGUUACACAAAAAAUAUUUUUAAAUAUUCAACAAAAAUAAGUGAAGAACAAACAUUUUAGUUCAGACGUUAACUUCAAUUUACUUAAAAUUUAGGCCCAAAAAUUUUGUAAAUCACAUUUCAAUGUUGACAUAACAAAGUAUUAAUUUUGUAUUCUCCAUUUUUCAAAUUUCUCAACAAUGAAAAUUGAUUAUUCAAAGUGACGAUUCAUUCCGUAAAAAAAGAUUUUGAGGAUAUUUGAAAAAUCUUUCAAAAGAAUUUUUUUAGCAAAUUUAAAAUUAAAAUUUACUGAGAAAAUUAUGUCUACAGCGACAAUAUACUAACUAGAUAUUAUAUGUACAAACUAAUUAAUAAUAUAAUGAUUGAAUAAAAUUUCUGAAUAUUAAACGAAAAAUUACUUGAAACCGAAAAUGAACGAAAAUCAAAAAAUUACUUUUCACAAUGUACCGAGUGACACGUUUCUUCAACAACAACUUUGUCAGCACAUUAUUCUCAAAUCACUUCCUCCCCUCGAAACCAAAGAUUCUCUAGAAGACAUAAAAAUACUCAAACAAUUAAAAAAUCCCUCGAAAAAGCGUCCAAGAAAAAAUGUUUUGUGCUCCUUCAUCAAAGCCACGACAUUCGAAACUAGACCGAGACGCAAAUUCUAUCAGCAAAAAUCAAAAGGAGCUCAAGAUUCACAACGAAAAUCAAACCCCGAAUUUAUUCAUAAAAUGCGUAGUCGUAAACAUUUCGAUAUUCAUAGAAUUGGAAAAAAAAUCAUAAAUCAUUUCAAGAAGGAAAUUUCCGAACCCGGACCAUCUCAGAUUAAAAAAGAAAAUCAGAAUCGAAAAAAUAAAUACGAUCCAAAUAAGGAAACUGAGAAAAAUAUUAUACACUCUUUGAAAAAAUUAAACCUAAAUGAAAUUAAAUCGACAAGUCAAUACGAAUUUCCAAUUCCGAAAAAAUCGGAAAUUUUAUCAAAAUCUGACAAUUCAUUAAGUCAUUAUGCAAAUAGCAGUGUCGAUACAGAAUUAAUGGAGAAUUUAAAUGAGAUUCAAAAUUUAUUUACUCAAAAGCAAUUAGACUUUAGUUCGGGCGACGUUAAACAUUUAAAUUUACAAUCAGAGAAUGCUUGUUCAUCGAAAAAUUGUACUGAAAUUUUAUCGUCUAAGAAAAAAGCAGUACAAUGGAAUCGAGAAGUAGACGUUGUUUAUUUUGCAGGCGACACUUAUGGAGGAAAAAUCGUAAAACGCGAAAGAGAACCAUUGAGAGAGGAAGCUGAUCAACAAGCGAGGCAUAAAAAAUUCAUCGACUUGAUUUUGGAAAAAAAUCUCUUGUCCCUUACAAAAGGCUUUCACUUUCCUUAUUCUUGAUCAUUUAUUCCGAAUAAAAUCCACGAAAAGUAUUUGCAAAAAUAAAAAUAUUUAUUUUCUUGGUCAUAUGGAGUUUUUACAAAUGUCUUAUUGAC